CUGAAAACAAGAGAAGGCAGCCAUCGUCUUCAAUGCCUCUCUCUUAUCUCUUCUGCCCAAGGGUAUCUAUCAUGAGAUCAACGUCGUGACUUGUAAUGAAUUAGUGGCUAAUGGCUACAGCUAAGGUCGAAGGAGUGCAACAGAAGAAGAGAAUUUUGAGUGCCCAACCUAAGAACAACAAUGCCAACGGGAGAGACACCACCAAAGUUUACUACCAAAGGUUUUUGCUUCCUACGAUCCCUGAGAAACCCACACCGAACUAUCUUAAGCCAACCAUUAGCUCGUGCCAUGGCACCAGCUCCCAACAGCCCAAGAUAUCUUCAUCAGCAGGUGGUGCUGCUGCAAAACGUGGAAGCCAAAUGAACGUGUCUCACUCACCGUCUUCCCUACCUCAACGACCUCCCACAGCAAUCCGCCCAAAGGAGAGAGCAGCGAGAAGUGGGCCGUCAACGAUGGCAAACAUGGCUCGAAAACGAAGCUUGGCGAAAGCUUCGAAAACUCCGGCAGGCGGGAAGGCUGUUCCGCUCGUGAAGACCGCCAGAAUCCUUCCAAAAGUCAUGUCUUCCACCGCCGCUGCAGUCAAACCCGAAGAAGAGAAGUUGAUGGACGUCGUCAGAGGCAAUGAGGCACGAAACCUGGCAAAGAACGUCGAAUGUGAGCAGUAUUCGAGGAGAUCAGAGUCCAAAGCCAAGAAUGUAGAUGAGCAGAUGCCGGGAAGCCAAAGGGAUGAGGCGGAAGGAAGAGGAAGCAAGAGAGAAGGCGAUGGAGUAGACAAGGCAGCGCAAGAGACCAUGGAGUCGAAGAGGCAGGCGGCGGUGAGCUGGAGGAAGGAGACGGCACCGGCUCACAACGCUGUCAUAGAGGAGGAGACAGCCGACAAGCUGGCGGCGAGGGGGAGCAAAGUGAAAGCGCUUGCCGGGGCGUUCGACACCGUCGUCUCGUUACAGAAGCCGGAGGGCAGAUGGGGUCAGCAAGAGUCGGUGACGGCGGCGGAUAGUAGCAGCAGCGGCAGCGGUAGCGGAGCUGCUCGACCCGGCGGGGAUCAGAUAGAGGAGGCAGCACGCAACGAAGAUGUGCCGGAGGAGGUGAAGAAGAAAGGUGAACGGGCUACAGCGUGACAAAAGCGUCGACAAGG